GAUUUGGUUCGGCAGGAAGCUGCGGCCUGGGUUCAUACUCCAGACAGACACCAGAAUGAUGGCGGGACAGGAGUGGACUUAGAGCCAGUAACCUGGGCUCCAGUCCUGACUCCCCUGCGGCCCGGGACAAAGCCUCCCGCAGAUAGAGCGCGCUCUGAGCCUGGAAAUGGACCAGCUGGUGCAGGCCCCGCCCCGGAGGCCGGAAGACCCAAUCAACGUCGAACGUGGACCCCGCUGCGGCAGUAGUGCGUCUGCAGCUGCAGAUUGGCUCGGGUCUACCUGCGCGGGGUCCCGGGGCCUGAGUCCAGGUUCCCACCUGGCUACGCAGGAUGUCGGUGGCCUUCGUACCCAACUGGAUGAGAGGCAGGGCGGAGGUUAAUCAGGAGACUAUCCAGCGGCUCCUGGAGGAGAAUGACCAGCUGAUCCGCUGUAUCGUGGAGUAUCAGAACAAGGGCCGGGCAAACGAGUGUGUCCAGUACCAGCAUGUGUUACAUAGAAAUCUCAUUUAUUUGGCUACCAUCGCAGAUGCCAGCCCAACCAGUGCUACAAAAACAGUGGAAUAAUCUUCCAGUUGACAAGUACGAGGAGUAAUUCAAAGUAAUCCAUUUCCUAUGAAAUGGAGGUAGGAUCUUUAACCAAGCAACUGCUUAAAACACAAAUAAAACCUCUGUGACUUUUAAAAAUGUGAAAAUGUGAAGAAAGCUACUAAAGGAACAAUUCUCAAUGUAAAUUUAUUUUGAAAUUAAGCUGAGUCCCUCGAUAAGUUGACUCUGGUUGUCCUGUUUCCUGAUAUAGGCGUAUUGGAUAUCAAACACAUCAUGGACAUCUUUAAGCUUUUUAGUUUCUUUUUUUUUUUUUAAGAUUUAUUUAUGCAUACAAGAGCUGGGGUACAGGCCAGAGGUGCAGGGGGUGAGAGGAUUCACCAGAGACAGAGUGGGGAACAGAACAGGUGGAUUGACUGAAAUACACUGCUGAGGGGAGCAGCGGGUGAGACAGGAGAGGUCUGCUGUGCCAUGUGGGUCAGCUCCCUGCUUGUGCCAUGCUACAGUGGCUGCAGAUAGCUUCAUAAUGCUCUGACUUAACCCCUUGCACCACCGUGGAGGCCCCCAAGCUUAUUAGUUUCAACCUGAAAAGAAACUGAUCAGGUGUUAGUCUAUCAGCAAGCAUUGGCAACACACCAGGCUGAGCCCCUGCCAGGUCGACCUCUAACAUGUGCUCCCUCUACUGGUUUAUAGUUGUAGGUGCCCUGACUGUUCUUUCAGGUUGCUUUAAAAUAAAGCUUGCCUUUCUGUGAAAGACUAUUGUGGAGGAAUAGGAAUUUUCAGGUAAUAAGUGUUUCAGUGGUGUUCCAGAAAAAGUAAGGAUUUUAAAAUAUAUAUAACAACCAUAUCAUGAUUGCCAACAAAAUCAAUAGUGAUUCCUAAUUAUCAUCCACUGUCAUCUAAUAGACGAUAUGGGAAAGGAAAAAUACCUUUUUCUAUUUACUUUUUUAAGGUUUUUUUAAAUUAAAUAUUUAUUUAUGCAUACAAGAGCUGGGGUACAGGCCAGAGGUACGGGGGGUGAGAGGAUUCACCAGAGACAGGGUGGGGAACAGAACAGGCAGAUUGCAGAGGGGUGCAGCGGGCGAGUCAGGAGAGGUCUGCUGCGCCAUGUGGGUCACCUCCCUGGCCAGGGAUCAAACUCGUGCUGCAGAGGCUGUGGACAGCCUCAUAGGUUGCGUCUCAACCUUUUGAGCCACCAGGGAGGCCCAUUUUAAGGUUCUUAACUGGGGCUUUAUAACGAAAGACAUAUGAACUAAAGAAAAGCAUACAGUUAUUUAAUAUAAGUUUAAUUGACAUGGAAACCUUCAUAAUGAAAUGGAGAUCCAAAGAAAUAGUUAAACCCAAGUGGAGAUGUUUAGUUUUGGGGGGAAUGAAGGGAUGAAAGAAUUCAUCAGAGACAGAGUGGAGAACAGGAAAGGUAGAUUUAUUGAAUAUACUGCAGAGAAGAGCGGCAGGUGAGAUGGAGAGUUUGUCAGCACCAAACCUGAAUGUCUUUAUACUCACUUUGAUGAACAGUGGAAAGUCAUAGAAAUGUGACAGGACAGACCGUUAUGUGCCAAGGGUAGUAAAAUAGAGGAAAUUUAGCAAGGGCUUUUCAUUAAAUCUUUAGUGUCCCUCUGUCUUCAGAGAUAUUCUUUUCUCUAGCUACAUGGAGAGCACCUUGUGAAGGUCUCACAACCGCUUCAUGGGGGAAGCUCAGAGUCCUAACACCUACCAUUUCUUGAAAUCCCUUUAGUUUAAAAUAUUUAAUAUGCCAAGAUGUGAUAUUUUGAAGUGUUGUUUCCUGAGCCCAGUUGAUGUUCCGUUUCCUUCAUUUAUCACAAAAUGUCUUCUGUUGAUUUAUCUGAAUCAGGAUCCAAGCAAGGUUCACAUACUACAUUUUGCCAAUGUCCCUUAAAUCUCUAAACACGCUUAAUAGUUCCUUCUUUUUUUCCUUUGCCAUUUAAAAACAAAAACAAAAAACAGAAACGAGGUGAUCUACCCUAGCAUGGCUAACAUUCUAGUUGACUCUCCUAGUUGUACCCCUCUGGUGUCAUGUCAUGUCCCACUAUUACUCAUUUUCUCAUUAACUAGUAGGUCUAGAGGCUUACUCAGACUCUGGUUUUUGUUCUGUUGUUUUUGUUUGUUUGUUUGUUUGUUUUUGACAUCAUAGGAGGUGGUAGGUACUUGUUUUUCAUCACAGGGGGAAGAUCUGAUUUGAUAUUUUUUCAAACACCCAAUAGCCUUUCACUUAAUAUCUACCCAGCUUUGAUUUCAUCAGGGAUGGCAUAAUGCUGAUUUUCUAAUGCUGUCUCUCCUUCUAUAAAGUUCUAUAAAGAACUUUCCCUCUUUGAGACUUAUGAGGCAGAUAGUCAUAAGUGAACUCAAAAUUAGUACCUCAGGUACCUGAUUGCUUUUGUUAGGCAUCAGGGGUUGUAACCCUGGGAUGCUCUGAUGUGUCGACAGUGCAGAGUGACUUCAUGUUGAACUCCAGAUCUAUCACUUAACCUCUGACAGCUGCUUUCUCACCUCUUGAAUGGGGAAAAUGAAAGUAUAUGUGUCUCCUGGGGUCAUGAGAUUGAGAUGAUAAGGUUGAGAAGUGGGCACAAGGUCAACACUCAGUGUGUGUGAGCUCUGCUGAGGUGCCUCUUCAUUGCCUCCUCACCCACUCUGCCAUCCUUAGGGGGCUAGCCCAUAAUUGGGCUACAGGGCAGGCCACUGAGGUGGGCCUGACCUUGUAAGAGCUGUUCACCACUGCUGCAGCCCAUGCAGGCCAGGGUCAGUGACAGCGCCAGAAGCCCCAACACCAGGAAGUGUGGGCUCAGAGCAAGCCAGUAUAGCCCAUGGCAAGUAUAAGCUUCCUGUUUGGCAGGGAGAGCAGCCUUGAUGACAAAGCCCAGCUCUCUCCCAGAGGAAAGGGGUUUGUGUCCUGCUGUGUCCCCUCCCUUCUCUUGGAAGGCUAUUUCUGUGUACAUGGAGGGCUGAAUCAGAAGUCUCUGAGAAUAGCCCAGGCCUGAGAACACCCUAUACUCUAGAGAACCCCUCUCAGAAGCAUACUCUGGGGAAGCUGGCAGAGGCCAGCCAGCUGUCAUGCUAUGCACCCCCCACCCCCACCCCAUCUCUACCUCUUUGCUUCCAAGCACAAGCAUCCACAGUCCCUCUUAAAGGGCCCAGCAGUCAAUAGAGCUGUAAAAAAUGAUUGAAGAAAGUCAACACCAAACCUGCUCAGGCUACAUUAACCAGCCUCCCUUCUCAGGACCUCCUGCCUCAAGAAGUGAACCUCCAUUCAGUCUGCCAGUCCUUUUCCAACUCUUGGCGUCAAGCUGAUUCCCCGACAGUCCACUCAGGGUCUGAAUCUGUUCUCUUGCUUUUCCGAGCCUGCUUCUCAGGGUUUGCAACUGUGGUGACUUUUGUCUUGAUCACACCUUCCUGGGGUGAGGAUAUGGCAGCUCAAAAAAAGAACACAGAUAAUUAAAACAUUAAGCUAUUUUCCAUUUCCUCAUGAGGCCUCUUGACAGUUGGGUCUGACCUUUUGGGACUCCAAGUAAUAAUCUGGCUAGGGAGGAAAUGGUGUUCCGUGCUAUCUCUUGUGACUUUGAACCUUUGCAAUAAAUUUCUAUUACCGAAGAUUAUCUGUAAAUAUCUUUUAUUUUUAAUCUGUAAAUUUCUUAAGAUGGGUACAUAGUAUACUCAUAUUAUUGUUCUACUUCACAUAUAGCAUGUAUGUAAUAUAAAUAAUAAUGAUAUAUAUAAUACAGUUGCUGUCUUAAAUCUACUUUAAUAAAAGCAAUUUUAAGUUACUCUGUCACUAUGUUCCUAAUGGAAAUCCCACAGAUUCCUCUGGACUAAAUAUUCUCUUCAGUCACUGAAACUUUCUCCUUCCUUCCUAAAUCUUUAGUAAGAGACCAGGAUCCAAAGGGAGGUUAUUUCCAUUUGUUUUCGAUGCAUUAAUUUGAUUUAAAAAUACUGAUCCACUCAUAUGUGCUGAAUAUACUCCAGUGAGGAGAAGCCAGACAAUGUUCCUGCUUUUAUGAAAC